GUUGAGUGUACGUUGACCUGUCUAUACAGACAUACCUGCAAUGGCUAGGAUGCUUGCUACUAUUAUUAUGCUGUUAUUAUCUUUCUGCUCAAUGACUACCGCUUUUCAAUGUCACCAUGGCAACAUAACCUACGAGUGUAUCGAUGAUGACAAUUGUUGCUGUGGCGGCGGUAACAAAUGUUGUUACUGCAACUCAAGUUCCCUAUUAUUGCCUACUUGGGCAUUGUCGGCUGUAUUGGUCGUUUGUGCUGCUCUUGUAUUUGCUAUUAUAAUCAUCGCGGUGACUUGCUGGCGUCGACGUGUAAACAGGCAACAACGUGUCAUUACAACUGCGCCUGCCCGUACCAUUGUCGUUGCAGAUCAGCCCAGUCCCGGUGGUAAAGGCGUUGAAAUCAUCAACUUGGAUACGUGAGGAUGUGAGGAAGAUCACGAGUCCGGUUACCCAAACUUCUUCUAUUGAACACGUUUCAGCAUCAUGUGGACUAAAAGACUGGUCUAGCUUAUUUGAUGUGCGUAUGUUUCUUGAAUUAAUUAAAACGUGCUCGUAAUUCUGAAUGCAGUCCCUAGGAACGAGAGCUAGUGUGGCUGUGAUAGUUGAAUUUUCGUUACUUUGAA